AUAAGUUCAAGGACAAAACCCCAUGGAUAAACCCUACAACAUUUGAAACAGAAACUAUGGCUUCACUUCUUCAACCUCCUCACUCUUUCUCACUGUUCUUGAAUUCCCCGAACCCAAGAAUUCAGUUUCUAAAAUCUUCCAAGUUUGUAGCUUUAACAAGGGCUUCGGUUGAAACGAACGGAGCCAUUGAAACCCCAAAACCAGCUCGUCGAGGCAGGAAAAAGAAACCAACAUCAUCUUCCCCAGAAACUACAACGAAAAAGAAAACAGGGGGCGGGAGAAAAACCCUGACUGAAAAUGGCUCGGUCGAAUCUGAAAGCGAGGGAGAAGAGGAGGAGCUAUGGGAUUUCGACGAUGGCAUGGAUUUUCCGUACGAAGAACCUCCUUUGAUCUGCUGCUUUGGCGCUGCACAAAAGGAGUUUAUACCCACGGUUCGAGUGAACGAAGAACCGAUGCACCCGGAUAAAUACUCCACCUGGAAAAUGCUGCAAUGGGACCCGCCAGAGUUCGGGAGAGCUCCAGGUGGGCCACCAUCCAACGUGGCGAUAUCCCACGUUAGGCUCGGAGGGAGAGCUGCGUUUAUGGGGAAAGUUGGGGCUGAUGACUUUGGCGAUGAGCUUGUUCUGAUGAUGAAUAAAGAGAAAGUGCAAACCAGAGGCGUCAAGUUUGAUCAGAAUUUAAAGACUGGGUGCACUUAUAUGAAGGUUAAGUUUGAUGAGAAUGGGAAAUUGAAGAUUGAGACUGUUAAGGAAUCUGCCGAGGAUUCUCUUCUUAGCUCUGAAUUGAAUCUUGCUAUUCUCAAAGAGGCUAGGAUUUUCCACUUCAAUUCAGAGGUUUUAACAUCUCCUUCAAUGGAAUCUACACUUUUUAAAGCGAUUGCAUGGUCUAAGAAGUUUGGGGGGCUUGUAUUUUUCGACUUGAAUUUACCGUUACCUUUGUGGAGAUCGCGUGAUGAAACGAGGGAAAUGAUCAAGAAAGCCUGGAACAAAGCAGACAUCAUUGAGGUUUCAAGGCAAGAGCUGGAGUUUCUACUGGAUGAAGAGUAUUACGAGAGGAAGAGGAACUACAUGCCUCAAUACUAUGCUGAAAGUUUCGAUCAAACCAAGAAAAGGCGAGACUACUAUCAUUAUACGCCUGAGGAAAUCUCUCCGUUGUGGCAUGAUGGACUUAAAUUCUUGUUUGUGACUGAUGGAACACUCAGAAUACAUUAUUAUGCACCCUCAUUCGAUGGUGUGGUUGUUGGAACAGAGGAUGUGCUAAUAACACCGUUCACUUGUGAUCGAACCGGUUCUGGUGAUGCUGUUGUAGCCGGUAUUAUGAGGAAACUGACCACUUACCCCGCGAUGUUUGAGAAUCAAGACGUCUCAGAGAGGCAGCUCCGCUUUGCGAUUGCUGCGGGAAUCAUAUCGCAGUGGACAAUUGGUGGUGUUAGAGGCUUUCCUACUGAGAGUGCUACACAGAAUCUGAAAGAACAGGUUUAUGUACCUUCGAUGUGGUAGUUUAGAGGCGGAGAACGCAAUAUCAGAAGUUUACUGUUUUUUCUAGUAGAUUAUAAAGCUUUGUAUCUGAUGAAUAUUGAUGAGAACUAAUGAAAAGAGGCAGAGGCUGCAUGAAAUGUAUGCGGCUUAGGUCUGUUGAAUUCUUUUAAUUCCAUCCAAGCCUUCAGAACUUGUAGAAGUGUAGGUAGGUGAGGGAUGGAUUACGCAAUAUGUUGUUGUAAUUGAAUUGUAUUUUCUGUAAUCAGAUGUUCUCCAUUUAAGAUCCAGUAUUUAUCAGAAUGUUGGCAUAAUUGUUAAGGAAA